UCCAUCUCGUUGACUUAGCGUGGUCGACGCUGAACUUGGAUUGCUUGCGGAUCAUUUUUCCUUCCCAAUAUCUGACAGUCCAUUGCCUGCAGCAUGGCUCCCCAACAUAAUGAAGAAGCCGAAACAGGCGCGGAAGCAGAAACCCCAGCAACGGAAAAUACACCACUCCUACGAGAACCAGAAGAAGAGAGCUGGAAACCACCGCGAGGCUUCGUCUGGAUCGAGCUGGCCAUCUUCGCCAACGUCUUCCUCUACGGCUUCGACAGCACCAUCACCGCCGCCACCUACGCGAUCAUCAGCUCCGACUUUGAUGCUGCUAAUACCGCUUCGUGGCUCACCACGUCCUACUUAGUGACCAGCACGGCCUUUCAGCCUUUGUAUGGACGAUUUUCCGAUAUUCUGGGCCGCCGGAUAUGUUUCUUCGUUGCUACCACGACGUUCGCUCUUGGCUGUUUGGGAUGCGGCCUUGCGACGAAUGUCGUUGUUCUUAAUCUUAUGAGGGCUCUUACUGGUUUUGGGGGUGGCGGGCUGAUGACUAUGGCGACCAUCGUCAACUCCGACAUGAUUCCCUUUCGACGACGCGGCAUGUAUCAAGCGCUUCAAAAUACCGUCUGGGGCUGCGGCGCAAUCUCAGGCGCAUCCUUUGGCGGCUUGAUCGCCGACUCCAUAGGGUGGCGUUGGUGCUUCCUACUCCAAGUCCCCGUCUCGGCCAUUGCAUUGGGCGUUGGGUUCUUCGUCGUAGCCAACCAGGCCGAAGUGGAUUCCGACAAUCUCUGGAAAGGCAUAUGGGCCAAGGUGGACAUCUCAGGCUCCCUGCUACUUGUGACUGCCCUUUCCGUGCAACUCCUCGCGCUGAGCCUCGGUGGCAAUGAGCUGCCGUGGAGCAGUCCGUGGGUCAUUGGCGCCUUGAUUGGCAGCUUUGUGCUGCUCGGACUCUUCAUUUGGGUGGAAGCGAGGACGUCCUCCAUCCCCAUCAUCCCCUUGCGCAUGUUCAGCGGUAGAUUGUCAAUCUCAGUGCAGUUGGCCAAUCUGUGCGGUGGUAUUGCGGCUUAUGCGUACCUCUUUAUGCUCCCGCUCUUCUUCCAGGUCGUCCUGCUGGACUCUGCAACCCAAGCUGGAGGUCGACUCGCGAUCCCAUCACUUGCUACGCCGAUCGGUGGCCUGAUCGCUGGGUUCACCAUGUCUCGUUACGGCAAACUCAUCCCCCUUAUUCGAACCGGCUCAACGUUUAUGCUGAUUGGCAAUGCUCUGGUAACAUCACUCAACUUCUACGACUCCACCUGGAAAUAUUACGUCUACAUCUUCCCCUCCAACCUAGGGCAAGGCAUCCUGUAUCCGUCGACAUUAUUUACAAACAUUGCCACUUUUGAGCAUUCAGAUCACGCGGUAGCAGCUUCUACCGUCUACCUUGUGCGCUCAUUGGGCACCGUCUGGGGAGUCGCAAUAACGGCAUCCAUUGUCCAAACAGUCCUCAAAAAUCAACUACCGGCUGCAUUGGGAGAUAUCAAGGGCAAAGAAGAGUUCAUCGAGCAAAUCCGGCACUCAGUCACUGCUCUCCGCGAUCUCCCCUCGUCAGUCCAACUCCCGGCGAGAAUGGUGUAUUACGACGGUAUCCGUUUUGCUUUCGCUGCGUCGACGGGCUUUGCUGCGCUUUCACUCAUUGCUGCUUUGAUGGCUAGCGGCAAAGGCUUGAGAAGUACGAAGUAGAGUAUACAAAUAGAGGAAAAGCGGCGAUUCAGUUCAGCCGUAUGUGGAGACUUCCAUCGCUUUGCCGAAUCCAGAAAUUUUCUAAGGGACCUCCUGACCUCCCUUCAACCUCGCCUCCUCC